GUCUUGGGUGCUGCUGAUCCUCCAAGAGCUUCACACUUCGACAUACCUACAUAGAGUGCCCCGUCGGUCUGUGUCGGUCCAAGAAGGCUCGGGAGGCAAACACACAUUCGCUUUCUGCCGCGCCCACUAUCGCUCUCCCUCUGCCCGCCUUGGGGCCUCGACUGCUUAACACUCACGCUCGCUUCCUGGUGGCCUUAACUGUCUACUCAGCACUGCCCUCGAACGGCCGAACCAGUCGUUCCCCACUUACGAACCCAACCACGCCCACCACUUGCCCUCCGGACCACAGUCCAGUGUUGCCAAGCAUCAACAUACGCUGCUACUCGGACACAUCGCCCAUCCUCCCUGUUGUGCACUGCUAGCCUUACACAGCCAUGGCAGGUCAAGGAACCGGGCCCUCCCGCAGGAGUCACACCAAAAGUCGGAAGGGGUGCAAGACUUGCAAGCGCAGGCACAUCCGAUGCGAUGAGACUUUCCCACAAUGCCGCAACUGCACCAAGCAUCAGGUACGAUGCGACUACAUGGAGACCAUUGGAUCAGAGGUGGAGAGCCAAUCGAGUCCGGAGCAAACACACCUAGCCUUCUCCCCUGGGACAGAAAGCCGCAUCGAUCUCUGGCAACAGACUGGCAGCUUCCCGUUCCCUGGCCUCCAAGUCUUUCCACCACCUCAGACACACGAAUACUCGAAAAACGACCUACGCCUGAUACACCACUUGUCAGCCAUCUCGCACGAUCUGAUGCUGAAAGGCACCACAAAUCUGACAAUAUGGACCGCGAAAGUACCCAAAUUCUUGAGCCUCGCCGCAUCAUAUCCUUAUGUGAUGCACGCACUUCUAUCAUUUUCCGCGAACCAUCUUGCUUGGAGCCGAUCAUCAAACGAGACCAGGAAUUUACACAUUCAGCAUGGCACAGUUGCAUUACGAGGGCUUCACGAAGCCAUUGGUAAUUUCUCCCAUCGGAACGCAGACGCGGUACUGGCGUGCUCGCUUCUACUACUCUGGCAAGCGACUGACUGGAAGAGCUGGUCAUCCUUGCGCGCCGGCAUACAAUCCGUGCUCUCAGCCAUGCAGACGUGGAAGCAAGAGUCGAUUUUCGCCGAGUAUAUCAACGACGAAGAUCUCUGGGGUGGUGCAUACAUGUCGCGCCGUCCCUCUCUGGAUCAGAAUGAUCGGGAUACGAUACUCGCAAAUACUGUGCACGCUUCGCAACAAUUAUCGAGAUUUGUGAUGGGUCACGAAGCAGAGUCCUACUGGAUGGGUCAACUGCUGCAAUACUUACAACGACUGCAAGCUUCCAGCCCUGCGCAAACACCCGACGAGCAAUAUAGCCACGUAUACCUUCUACGGAAGUGGCUAUUCUGGGUUCCGGCUUUAUUGCUGCAGACGCAAGGUGGCCAUGGCCCUGCGAUGCUCACCCUCGCCCACUUCUAUGCCACCGCACUCGCUCUGGAGCCUCUCUAUCCGGAUCUGGGUCCCGCAUUCUGUGCGAGAAUAGCACUUCCACCUCUGGAACAAAUCAUCAGCGUCACAGAUGCAAUGCAAUCACAACGGGCAAUGGACCACAACGCGAUGGAAAUUGCUUCACUGAUGCAGUUCCCACAACAAAUGGCACACAACUUUCGCGAAAGAGUUGUUCAGACACAACAGAUGGCAAUGCAGCAAUCCGCUCCAAUGAUGGUGAGCCCGGACACGCUCAACUACACUUCCAUCGGGAACAUUAGUCCCGCGUUCGCGCCUUCCCCAUUGCACCCGGUAUCGCAGCAACCGGCUGCCGCGCACACUUCUUACCUGGAAGUUCCCUAUCCGGCGGGCAGCUUUAGCACGAUACAGUCUGGCUGGGGUGCUGUGCCAUCACCAGGGUUCCCUCCCCAAUCUUACACUGCACAUGAUGAGCAGAUCUACGGGUAUUCUCUGGGAGGAUUUCGAGGAGGGUUCGUACCAUCGCCAAAUCCGAUUUGGACCUAAUCCACCCCGAUCAAAGGCUAAGCGCGUACUUCAGGACACCUGCCAAUGACUCUGGCGCUGAGGCUGGCCCCUCCAAUUACAACAUACAACACUACCAAUGAAGAAAACAAACAAAAUGUCCGAUCCCUACUGGAUUGGCUUCAGCCUCGGGCUGAAAGAAGGCACGCGAGUUCCACCCUGUAUAGAGCGAUUCACCCACGGAAUUUUGCGAAACCAAACACGACACUUUUAAUGUGUGAGAGAGCAACAACAACAACGGCCUUGACGAGAAAAGCAACAAACGCGCAAAGCGAAUGAUCUGCAACGAUUCUCCUUUACAAAUUUUUUCACAUCUUUAUAUCGCAGCAGCAAAACAGUCUGACAUACAAGAUGACAGACUAUUAGCGGCAGCACUGAAACAAUCAUGGCGAAGCACAAAGCGGCGUAUCAGGCGCAUGGAACAUUUCUUUUGAGAUUUGAGGGAAUAUAUCUGAGGGUUUGGCUGAGCGGGAAAUGGACAGCAUGGGAAUUUUUGCAUUGGGGCAAAGGGAACAGGGCGACCUUUUUUGGUGCGUUGCAGCGAUGGAAAUUUGAGUUAUCUGAAUAUCUUGCUGUUUUGUUUUGGAUCAAGAGCGCCUUGAUGUGCGCACUUGCUGUUUUGUGCUAUUUAGAACAGAGAUUUGAGAGAGAGAGAAUUCUCCGGGAUGAGAAUCUGAAGGCAGUUCAUCAGAACAAAUGUGAGAACUGUAGCAUUCAAUCAGAACUAUGCAUUAUUGUUAUGCAGUGCAGAACUUGACAGCCUGGUCUGUCAAUCCAUCAUCAUCACAUCACGAUGGCUUCGGCCCAAGAAGAGAUGCUUACUAUCAAUCUUAUUAUAUUACACCGACC